AUGUUACAAGGUAUUUUAAGAUUACAAGGUAGCCUAUUGAGAGUAUCGGAACCUGUAGGUGAUAACUGCACAGAUCAUAUAUGGCAAUGGUUUAAGAAUUGCUUGGGAGCACUAAAUGGAACAUACAUUAAAGUGCAAGUAGCUAAAACCGAAAAAAUUGAGAUAUCAGACUAG